CCGGGCCAGCUCCGCCGGCUCUGAUGACUGCGCCUGCGCCGCGGCAUCCGGAACCGCCUCCCGCCGAUCCGCCCGUGUUGCCAGGCAACGCAAUCAACAACAAUGAUUCCCCGGCUGUGGUGCUGUCCCCGGAAGCUGCAGGAGCUGCCUCCGUGUCUUCUUCUUUUUCUGCAUCCCAGCCGGCAACGGAAUUCGCAACGGUGCAGGCGGUGCCUGCGCGGGCCGACCCCGUGCCGAGCCCGCCGCCCCUGCCUGUCCCGCCGCUCCCUGCCGACCCGAUUGCGGUGCAAGAACGUGUCGAGAAUGGUGCUGAGCCCACGGGAUCGCCUCAAGAGCUAACACCAGCGCCCGUGCUGCCCGCACCGCCCACCCCAGUUGUCCCGCAGGUUUCCGAAGCUCUGUCAGUCGCAUCAGACCCUGCGAAGAGCCUGUCCUUCCGUGGAGGAGGCGUGGCCCUCCAGCUGACUGCAGGAGCAGUUCGGCUGGCUGUGUUCAAAAUCAGUAUGGUUUCUGGGUCGUUUCGUGUGUGGUCGGGGGCUUCUCCCUGGGGGUUGGGGUGCCUGCCUCCCCCCGAGUGCCCCAGAGGUGUGGGGGAGUUGGCUCCUGUGGCAUCUGCCUCUGGUUCCCAGCCCAGUGGGGAUGGGGGUGGUGCCGAGGGGCAGAAUGCAGGAGCAGUGGCAUUUGCCUUGCAGGAGCAAGAGACACAGAGCAAAGCAAGCAUUGCUCGCUUGCUCUGGGGACAAGAAACCCUCAGAUCUGGGAUGACAAUUCCUGAGCAAGCUUCUCUUCCCGAGCUGCCGGUGUGCACCGGUGCUGCUGGGGGGAAGAAGCAUUGGGUCAUUUCUGCUCUCAAGACGCUGGCAGCAUGGUUCUGCCAGGUUCUGAGCACACAGAGCCCGCCUCACAGGCUGGUUCUGGGCCGUUUGGCUCAUUUCCCUGGGCCGGGGCCACUGCCCCGUCCAGUGCUGGGUUUGGGGACUUUGCUUUCCCCACAGGGACCUGGGCCACCAUUCUGUGAGCCAGGUCUGGGUUCUCUGGUCCUUCCACCAGGACCAGGGCCACCCAAGGGUCCUAGAGACCCUCUGCUGCUGCUACUCUUCUUCUUUUGAAAAAAAAAAAAAAUUAAUAAAGAAAAGUGGAAAGAGCUAGCAGCUCAAAAGCAUUGAAAAGCCAAAAGUUAGCCUCAGCCCAAGUGGUUCAAUGAAGGGCUGUGGCCAGGGCAUUCCAGAAAUUUCUCUGAAUUGUUUGAUGACUGUCAAUGGAUUUUUCAUGAUUCUUGUUUCUUUAGCAGUUCUCUGUUUCAGGACUCUGCAAGCCUGUUUCAGGACCAAAGGGGACUUCCAGAGAUGUCAAAGAAGAACAUCUUCAGUCCAUGGACUCUGUCCUGAAACUCAGCUGUUUCUCGAAACAAUGAACUUUCUUUGCAUGAGUUUUUGCAUUUUCUUAUUUUUUAAGAUUGUUUUAGUGUUAUGAUAUAAUUAGAUGUUUGAUAAGUGAAGAAUUUCCCUGACCAUUCCACAUCAGCAGAUGAUUGAGAUUUUGAUUGGCAACAGAUGAACCUCAAGAGGUGUUGUUCUCUCUUCUGCAAGGCGCCAGUAGAAGAGAUUGCAGACAUUUCUUUUUCUAUUUAAUUUAAUAAUUUAAAAGGGUGAGAUGUUGCCAGGAUAUUUUAGUGAAAAAGCCUCUGCUAGGAUUUUUCCUGUCCUGAGGAGCUGAGUGCCUCAGGAAAGAAAUGUAAACAAUGGCUAUCUGCUGCUGUGGAAUGCCACGGGUGCAUCUUCCAUUGGUCCAUGUGGAUUGUUUUCAAUCAGUGACCAAUCACAGCCACCUGUGCCAAGGCUGUGAGCAGUCACAGGUUUUUAUCAUUGAUUCCUAUUCUAUUCUUGUCUUUGUAGCCUUCUGAUCUUCUUCUCUCUGUUCUUUUAGUGUAGUUGUAAUGUAGUAUUUUAGUAUAAUAUAUAACAUAAUAAAUCAGCCUGCUGAUGAAAAUGGAGUCAAGCCUUGUGUUCUCGCACCAGGGGUCUCAGUCUAAGCAAGAAAGAUGCACCAUAGUUUUUCCCUGUCUUGGACCUUUGGACUUCUCAGUAAAAGCUGGGCUGCGUAAAAGCCUGUCACACAGAGGUUUCCUCUGGAUUGAGACUGUUUGCAACAUGAGGCAAUGUAAUGUGACAUAUUCAUCUUGAUGGGAGUUGUUAAUUAUGAAGAGAGAUGUUCAGUAACUUUGUGUCUUCAGAGGUGAAGAACAGGCUGUGUGCAAUGGCAAAAAAAAUGGACUUCAUUCUGAUGUGGUCAGAAACAGCCUUAGAACAGCAAGGAAGCUGUGAAUCCCACAGACCAGUUAUGCAUUUCACACUCAUCAAGGAGACAUGGUUUGUGGAACGGGAGGUUACCCCAUUACUGUCAGUGACAAUGAGGAGGAGUUUUGGCAGCAGUGUGAGGCUAUGGCACUGUCAGAGGUCUCCCUUCUGAUGGAAGGUUGUGCUGCCCCAGCAGGGUGUAAGGGCUCCUUGGCCGUGCUCCUGUGAGGUUGGUAUGCAAUUACAGGAUGAAUCAAGGUGACAUACGUGUUAGGGCUGCAAAUAUGAUUGUGCUGAAAUUAGAGGUUCAAUUAAAGGAUUGUCUGCAGCUAUGUUAUCUCAUGAUGUGCAUCAGUCUGGGGUGUGACUGUAAUGGAGUCUAUAAAAUCAUUGUAUUCAACAAAGGGGAAAAAUUACUCUAACUAGAAAGAGGGUGUAUUAAAAUAUCUUUUAUCUAUUUGUUAUUUGAAGACACCUGAAUUCAUUUUUCCCACAACCGUGUACAUGAAGGAAGGAAAAAUAACCCCAAGCUACUGAACAGUAACACCAGUAAAAAAGCUUUUAAAUAAACAGUUGUAUUAGAUGAAUCUUGCUGUAACUAGCAACUAGGUCACACUGAAAGAAUUUUUCUACCAACAAAAGGUUUUUCCUGCUUUGAGGUUAAACUGGCAAAAAAGCUCAGUAGGUCAGCAGAAUAUCCUGAGGGGAAUGCUGACCAGCCAAAAUCGUAAUAAUCAACCUGAUUUCCUAGAAAAAAUAUCAAGGGCUACUGCUUGAGAGAAUCUGAAGGCUAGAGGUGACCAGAAGGACGACUUCUAAGUAUAUUUGUAACUAAUUGAAAAAACUAAUUCACUGUCAGGGUUUAAUGGCAGAGGAACUUCAUUCCUCCAACCCUUAGAUAAACAAGCUGGAAAACAUUCAAAUGAAAAUGAAGAAGCCUUUUUCAAAAGCUGAUUGUAAACAGUAAUUUUUGUUCUGUGAGAAUUCCAACAUCUAAAAAUUUAGUUUUAUCUCAGUGGAAUGAAGUCCAGGUUUUUAAUUUCCUACUAAGACCUCAUUUUUAUACAAAAUAACCCAAACCAAAAAAACCCACAAAAAAACCCAAAACCACAGAACAUUCUGUUUUGACAGAAACCAAACAUUCUUUCAGCUUUUGAAGUUCUUUUUUCAGAGCAACAACUCUAUUUGGGGCUGUUAAUAGGUUAGAGUUUUCUGCAGAGAAAUAUGAAUCAUUGCAAACGUUGACUUUUGUACUGUCUAACAAACUACGUUUGCAUAACCUAUACAAUACACUUGGACAACUGCUCUUCUGACUCUUUCAAUCAAAGGAGGAAAGAGUGGGUCAUGAGGAAGAAACCAAGGAACUGGAAGAUGUCCAAUAUAUCACCUUUUCUUCAUGUAAUUUCUUAUCAUAAUUUCUUAUCAUGAUAGAUUACACAAGGCACUCUGUUAUUCCACUUAAAAAACUCUUCCAUUAGCAUAAAGAACUGUUAAUAAAGAUAUAUAUCUGCAUAAUCUUUCUACAUUACUUGUUCAUCUUUCCCUAAUCAUGACCUCUUAAUCUUUCUGUUC